GGAGGACAAAAAUUGGCAAAAUCGGUGCCUAGGUAAUCGUGAAAACACACAAAAACUUGGCUUUCUCCGGACAACACUCUUCCAAGUUUCUUUGGUGAUGUCCCACUCCACUCUGAAACCCCUUUGAAAAAAAUAACACCCUUCCACAUUUCUACUAUGCACAAUGCACUGCUUUUUGGAUCAUUACCUUGACUAGUACUCCGUAGAGUAAUUAUUUUAAAACAGAAUCUCUAUGUCAAAAGUUUCUUCAUUUUCCCACUGAAAAAAACUUCACUCCUAAAUUUCUCAAACAAAUUAAAACAGAGAGAAAACAAUGCGUGGAUCUGCUAAUAAUAAUGACCAAAGUUUUCUCUAUGUUGUGGUUACCAACUUUGAUGUUCUUGCUGGGCCAUUAGUUGCUCUGGUUUACCCUUUAUAUGCUUCAGUUAAAGCCAUAGAGAGUGGUUCAAGAUCGGAUGAUCAACAAUGGCUUACUUAUUGGGUCUUAUAUUCCUUGAUCACCAUCUUCGAACUCUCAUUUGCUAAAGUCCUUGAAUGGUUUCCCAUAUGGAGUUACGCUAAGCUAUUUUUCACAUGCUGGUUGGUUCUGCCUCAAUUCAAUGGAGCAACUUAUGUUUAUAAGAAUUUCAUUAGACCUUUCUAUAUGAACCCUCAAAGGACCACUUCAACCAUGUGGUACAUACCCAAGAAGAAUUUAUUCAGCAAACCAGAUGAUGUUCUAUACGCCGCUGAAAAGUACAUUGAACAAAACGGAACCGAGGCAUUUGAAAGGAUCAUUAGAAAGGCCGAUAGAGAAGCAAAAGCAAGGAGGAAACACUACAUGAUUUUUGAAGAGGAUCAUAAUGAUGGAUAUGGAUAUUAAUGGAUCAACUUAAUUAUAUGACUAGCUCUUUUUUUGAUGAUUUAGUUAGAUGGCAAUUGCAUUAGUCUUGAGUUUGGAAUGUGAAUAUAUACUCCGUACUUCCUUUGAUUGUAGCUGUAAUAUUGUACGACUCAUCGUAAUUCGGACUGUUAUCCUAUCCUUUGCACGGAGUAGUUUAUUCUUUCUUCACUAA